UAUGAAAUGUGAAACACUAAGAAAUAUCUUGUUUAUUGACAGCAAUAAAUAAUUAAAUCAGUGUUAUUGAUAGCGAAACUGCUAUUUUUUUUUAUUUUUCGGUCGCUGAUAAUUUAGGCAGGCAGUAAGUAAAGCGAAAAUGUCAUUUUUUAAGAAUGUAGCCUCUGGCUUCAGCAUUCGUAGCCGUGAUUCUAUUAUCAAAGAAUCUUUAAUAAAUAAUCUAUCUGAAUGCGUAAAAGACAUACAAUACAAUAAUCAGUUUGAAGAAAACUUCCACAGCGUCCUAGGUUCCAAUGAUUCCACUAAUACGCUGUGCUCGGCAUUGGAGGCUGUUUUUCUGCACGGUUUAAAAGAUACUUUCUUUAGAAAAGCAAAAAACGCAUUAUCUGGGGAUUCAGAUCAACGUCCUGAACCUAAUUUUUGGCCUUUAGUUCUGGUGCUGUCACAUCGACAGAAUAUUGAUCAGAUCUCUUCAUUGCCCCAGAUCAACACAGAAAUAGGUCAAUGUCGGGCUUGGCUUCGAAUCGCUCUCAAUGAAUGUCUUCUAUCAUCUUACCUGUCUACAUUAUUAAAAAACAUAUCUGCUGUAAAGCCAUUUUACACAAGGGCAGCAUUUGUAUCAGAUACUGAAAUAUUAGAAGUAGCACAAAAGCUUAUUGAAGGUUUGGAGUCAUGUGUGCAGUUUAAUUUGCCGAUAAAUUCUAGUCUGCUUAAUCAGUGGCCCGAACAGGUAUUGAUGCUGGCUGGAAUAUGGGUACCUAAAAUCAGAGUUGCACCAAUAAGUACAGCCUUGGAUGUGGCUAGUACAAUGAUAGAUGAAGAGACAAAGCCCAAAUUGGUGUCAACUCCAACUCACUCCUCCAACAUUACUGGCUUAGGUCGCAUGCUCUCACUUAAUGAAGAUGAGGCAUUAGAUUUCAUAUUAUCUAAAGAUAUAAAAGACAUCACAAGUAGUCCCACAUCCUUACAAGACAUUAAAAUACCUGAGGAAAAAAAAGAUCACCCAAAAGAAGAAACAUUACCACAGACUGUUGAUAAGAAAUCAAUUCCUGUGGAGAUUGAGAAACCAUCUACAAGUGACGCUCAAAAACCAGAUGUCUCUUUGUCAUCAUCAUUAAAUUCAGAAGAUUUUGUGGCUCCCACUGAUGUUAAUGUAACUGGCAACUCUCUCUCUGGCAAGGGAUGGUCAGACAAUCAUGAUGACCUAAACACAUCUGUGCAUUCCAACUCAUCACAUGGCAGCAGCAUGAUUAAAACACCUGAAUUAAAGAGCUUGUCUUCAUUAGUUGAUAACACGAAUCCAUUCAGUGAAACUAAUGCCACCACUCCUAAUUUACGAGAUAUCAUAAAAGAUAUACAAAAAGAACUGAAAUUGACAGAUGACACAGAAAUAUGUGAAAUACCAGAAGAGACUGCAACACCUGAAGACCCUCUAUUACAAGGAUUAGAUUUUGAAGUUGUCCCUAAUUCUAUGUCGGGGUCAUUUACUGUACCAGAAUUACAAAAAAUGAUACAACAAUUAGGUUUUCUGUCUAGAGAACAAGGUCUCGACCACCAGAAUUAUCAAUGCAAGGGGUGUCAGGAUUUAUUAGGAAGUACAAUAUCAAAAGCCAAAGUGUGUGCCUUCACUGGAGAUUAUUACUGUACAAAUUGCAUGGACCCCAAUGUGUUUAUAAUUCCCGCCCGUGUUGUACAUAAUUGGGACUUCAAAAGAUAUGCAGUGUCAAAAAAGUCAGCAUUAUUUUUGCUUGAGUUUCAACAUCAUGCUUGGAUUGAUAUGAAAAAAUUGAAUCCAAAGAUUUACUGUGGUGUCUCUGAUAUGGCCCAGUUGCAAGAAUUGAGAAUACAGUUGAAUUUUUUGAGAGCAUACAUAUUUACUUGCAGGGAGCCUGUUAUAGAGGAUUUGCAAAAGAGAGUCUGGCCCAGGGAGUACCUGUAUGACCAUGUCCAUCUUUACACAAUUUCUGAUCUAGCACAAAUACCCAAUGGUUCCUUAGCACUGCAGUUAGAAAAAGUUGUUAAUUUUGCGAGAAGUCAUGUGUUAGAUUGUUGGCUGUGCAGUCAAAAGGGUUUCAUUUGUGAAGUAUGUCAGGAUCCAAAGAUAUUAUAUCCUUUUGAAACAAGUAGCACAUAUCGUUGUGAUGAUUGCUCUAGUGUAUUUCAUAGUAAAUGUUUAAAUGAAAAAAUACCCUGCCCUAAAUGCAAGAGGAGACUAAAUCGCACAAAUGAGCUGUCAUUAGUUGAUGCAGUGCAUGCUCAUUUUAAUAAGUAAAAUACAACUGCAUUUUUUACAGAAAUAUGCAUUUUAUUUCUUAAAAAGAAUUGCUUAUGUUUAUACAAAUAAUUUAAAAAAUGGCCAGAAAAAUACAAACAUUUAAUACUACUCCUUAUACCAAAUCCAUAUUUUUAUAGGCAAAGUAAAUUUAGUGUAAAUAUUCAAUUAUAUUAUUUAUGACUGUGAAGCAUUAUAAUUAUAUCAUAAUAUAGAUAUUUUAGUUACUUAAAUAUUAAUUUUUAUUUAUUACAUUUAAUAAGUAUGAAUUUGACUUUAUAAAAAACAAAUGUUAAAAAUUUAUGUGAUAUAUAUUUUGUAAAACUAAUAUGUGCAAAAUGUAAAAAGCAUUGUAGGAAGUUGUAUUAUGAACUA